CAAAAAACCAAAAUUGAACAUAAAAAUAAAAAUAAAAGGAAAACUUUAAUUUCUCUCAUUUUUUCUCACAGAGCUUGGUCAGAGGAAGCCGGCGGGAAAUUCUUAAGAUCGCGGCUUUUCAAUAUUAUGGCGAUGGUCGAUGAGCCACUAUAUCCAAUAGCUAUUCUCAUAGACGAGUUAAAGAACGAUGACAUUCAGCUCCGGUUGAAUUCAAUCCGUAGACUAUCGACAAUUGCACGUGCUCUUGGAGAGGAGCGAACCAGGAAAGAAUUGAUUCCAUUUUUGGGCGAAAAUAAUGAUGAUGAUGAUGAGGUUCUUCUUGCUAUGGCUGAAGAGUUGGGAGUUUUUAUUCCGUAUGUUGGGGGUGUUGAACAUGCUCAUGUUUUACUCCCACCAUUAGAGACCCUUUGCACUGUUGAGGAAACAUGUGUAAGAGAUAAAGCUGUGGAGUCGUUGUGUAGAAUUGGUUCUCAGAUGCGGGAGAGCGACUUGGUUGACUGGUUCAUUCCUCUUGUUAAGAGGCUGGCUGCUGGGGAAUGGUUUACUGCUCGAGUUUCUGCAUGUGGGCUAUUUCAUAUUGCCUAUCCAAGUGCCCCUGAUUUGUUGAAGACAGAAUUGCGGUCAAUAUACAGCCAACUUUGUCAAGAUGACAUGCCUAUGGUUAGGAGGUCUGCUGCCUCCAAUCUUGGAAAAUUUGCUGCAACUGUUGAACCUACACAUUUGAAGAUGGACAUCAUGUCAAUAUUUGAGGAUCUUACCCAGGAUGAUCAGGAUUCUGUUCGCUUAUUGGCUGUUGAGGGUUGUGCUUCUCUUGGAAAAUUGUUGGAGCCUCAGGACUGCGUUGCACAUAUUCUCCCUGUUAUUGUUAGCUUCUCUCAGGAUAAGUCUUGGCGUGUGCGCUACAUGGUCGCAAAUCAAUUAUAUGAACUAUGCGAGGCUGUAGGGCCUGAGCCUACUAGGACGGAUUUGGUUCCUGCAUAUGUGCGGUUACUUCGUGAUAAUGAGGCUGAAGUACGUAUUGCAGCUGCUGGAAAAGUAACCAAGUUCUGCCGCAUUUUAAAUCCAGAACUUGCUAUUCAGCAUAUUCUUCCUUGUGUGAAGGAACUAUCAACAGAUUCUUCCCAGCAUGUGCGGUCUGCUUUGGCUUCAGUUAUAAUGGGGAUGGCUCCUGUGCUGGGAAAGGAUGCAACAAUUGAGCAGCUUCUUCCAAUUUUUCUUUCCCUGUUGAAGGAUGAAUUUCCUGAUGUACGUCUCAACAUCAUCAGCAAGCUUGAUCAAGUGAAUCAGGUUAUCGGGAUUGAUCUACUGUCCCAAUCAUUAUUGCCAGCAAUCGUUGAGCUUGCAGAGGAUAGACAUUGGAGAGUUCGACUUGCAAUCAUAGAGUACAUACCUUUAUUGGCAAGUCAGUUGGGUGUUGGGUUCUUUGAUGAUAAACUUGGGGCUCUUUGCAUGCAGUGGUUACAAGAUAAGGUUUACUCAAUUCGUGAUGCUGCUGCAAAUAAUUUGAAACGACUUGCUGAAGAAUUUGGUCCAGAAUGGGCAAUGCAGUACAUAAUUCCACAGGUUUUGGAGAUGAGUAACAACCCACAUUAUUUGUACCGGAUGACAAUUUUACGUGCUCUCUCGCUCCUUGCUCCUGUCAUGGGCUCAGAAAUUACAUGCUCUAAACUGCUGCCAGUGGUUGCUAAUGCAUCAAAAGACAGAGUACCCAACAUCAAGUUCAAUGUGGCAAAGGUCCUGCAGUCUCUUAUUCCCAUAGUUGACCAGUCUGUUGCGGAAAAGAGCAUUCGCCCCUGCUUGGUUGAACUAACCGAGGAUCCAGACGUUGAUGUCCGUUUUUUCGCCAACCAAGCGCUUCAGUCAAUUGAUAAUGUCAUGAUGGCUAGCUAGAAGUUCAUAAUUACACUGAGCUGAAUCUAUGUUUCUAUUGAAGACAAUUCUGCUGAAGUUGCCGUAAUAUUUCAUCAGAUUAGUUUUUGUUCUUAAGCAUUAGUGAGAUGAUGUCCUUUGGGAGUUGUAACUAACUUGUAACUGCCAUUUUCCCCCUGCUAAUAUAGCGUGUUCUAUAAACUCGUAUUGUAUUGUUCUGUGAUGUAGUCCAUUUUUUGUAUCCCUCUCCCACUAUUCAAAAAUGGGUUUUCUUACCAAAGAUUAUGGUGUAAUAUAGGGGUAAUUGAUCCUAGGGUACUCAAAAUUAUUGUAUUUUCUGCACUUUGGUGAUUAAAUUUUGAUUUGUUUUGAUUUGGUCAUUAAA